GGCAGGGAAGCAGAGAGCGGGAGCCGCGGCAGCGGCUGGGAAGCGGGGAUCCGCUUCUCCGAAACCCUGGGGGCGAAGGUUACCCCGGCUGAAAGGGGUCUUGAGGUGAAGGGGAGAUUGAAUGUAGACGAAUUUUGGCAGUUUUGUUGAAAUAAUCAAGUGCCGAGGGCAAAUUUUAGGCAGAUAAGAUAGAGGGAUGGAUCCCGCUGUUUUGGAUGCCGGCUUGAAUUUUUUAUUUACUUUUCUGUUUUGACCACUGCUAAAUGUGGAUUUUGUGAGAGAACCCGAUGGCUCUUGUUCCAUUAUUCCUUGUUUGAACGUAAAUCUUAGUCCUGCUGCUUGUGGAUUUUUUUUUUAAUUUAUUUUUUAAAAGGACCUUUCCAAGUAGCUUUCACGUCUGACAAAAUGAAGCCUUUGUAUUUUUCGAUCAAUUAUACCUAAUAUUGACGUCCUGUUUGGUACAAGAGACUUAAAGUGCUGCCUCACUCAGAGGACCAUUAAAGACUUUCCCGGUCGCUACAUGUAGCUGAAUGUGUUACGACACAUCCUUUCUCCCCCCCAAAAUCUCCCGAAAGAUUUUUCCAAAAUGAAGAAAUUUAAUUUUCGCAAAGUUUUGGAUGGUUUAACUGCCUCAUCCCCCGGUGGAAGCAGUGGUGGUGGCAGUGGCAGUGGAAGUGGGGCUGGUGGUGGCUCCGUGCACCCAGGAGGGACUGCAGGAGCUGCAGGGACACCCAGAGAGGAGAUCCAGGAGACACUCACUUCAGAUUAUUUUCAAAUUUGUAAGACGGUUCGCCAUGGUUUCCCUUAUCUACCCACUGCCUUAGCUUUUGACCCAGUUCAGAAAAUUCUGGCAAUUGGAACAAGAACAGGAGCCAUACGAAUAUUGGGCAGGCCUGGUGUUGAUUGCUAUUGCCAACAUGAAAGUGGUGCUGCAGUUCUGCAGCUCCAGUUCUUAAUCAAUGAGGGUGCUUUGGUCAGUGCAUGUGCAGAUGAUGCACUUCAUUUGUGGAAUCUCCGACAGAAACGACCAGCUAUCCUACAUUCUCUGAAAUUUAACAGAGAAAGGAUUACUUACUGCCAUCUACCUUUCCAAAGUAAAUGGCUGUAUGUUGGAACAGAGAGGGGAAAUACACACAUUGUAAAUAUUGAGUCCUUCAUUCUUUCGGGAUAUGUUAUCAUGUGGAACAAGGCAAUAGAACUAUCCACAAAGACUCACCCUGGUCCAGUUGUACAUUUAAGUGACAGCCCAAGAGAUGAGGGAAAACUGUUGAUAGGCUAUGAAAAUGGGACUGUCGUGUUCUGGGACUUACGAUCUAAAAGAGCUGAUUUGAGAGCUUAUUAUGAUGAGGCUAUUCAUUCUGUUGCUUGGCAUCAUGAAGGGAAACAGUUCAUGUGCAGUCACUCUGAUGGCAGCUUGACCCUAUGGAAUCUGAAAAGUCCUAACAGACCAUUCCAGACCACAAUUCCACAUGGAAAAGUUCAAAGAGAUGGGAAAAAACCUGAAUCUUGUAAACCAAUUCUAAAAGUAGAGUACAAGACCUGUAAAAACAGUGAACCAUUUGUGAUAUUUUCUGGUGGACUGUCAUAUGAUAAGCCUUGUCGAAGACCCAGUUUAACAAUCAUGCAUGGGAAAGCAAUUACAGUUCUUGAAAUGGAUCACCCUAUAGUUGAUUUUUUAACUCUUUGUGAAACCCCAUAUCCAAAUGAAUUUCAAGAACCCUAUGCUGUAGUUGUGCUUUUGGAAAAAGAUCUCAUUGUUGUUGACCUGACACAAAGCAAUUUUCCAAUCUUUGAAAAUCCAUAUCCUAUUGACAUUCAUGAGUCACCUGUUACCUGCACUGAAUAUUUUGCGGACUGCCCUCCAGAUUUGAUUCCUGUACUCUAUUCUGUAGGAGCAAAACAUAAAAAGCAAGGAUACAGCAAUAAGGAAUGGCCUAUCAGUGGUGGAGCAUGGAAUCUUGGAGCUCAAACAUAUCCCGAAAUCAUUAUUACAGGCCAUGCAGAUGGAUCAGUAAAAUUUUGGGAUGCUUCUGCCAUUACUCUACAGAUGUUAUACAAAUUAAAAACAUCAAAGGUCUUUGAAAAACAGAAAGUGGGAGAAGGAAAAGCAACAGCUGAGAUUGUGGAAGAAGAUCCUUUUGCUGUUCAGAUGAUGUACUGGUGUCCUGAAAGCCGAAUUUUCUGUGUGGCAGGAGUUUCUGCAUAUGUGAUUGUUUACAGGUUCAGCAAACAUGAAGUAAAUACUGAAAUUGCAUCAUUAGAGGUACGACUUCAGUACGAAGUAGAAGAUAUCAUUACUCCUGAACCAGAAAUAAAUCCUCCAUUUCCAGAUGCCUCCUCCCAGCUUUCUUCUUUAAAGAGCCUUUCGGGCAGUACCAACACUGUAGGAUGUGAAGGAACAAUGAAGGAUAGUAUCCCAUGUCUUAGUGUUAAGACUCGACCUGUGCGAAUGCCUCCUGGAUACCAAGCAGAUCUUGUUAUUCAGUUGGUGUGGGUGGAUGGUGAGCCUCCACAACAGAUUACCAGUCUUGCUGUAAACUCUGCUUAUGGACUAGUGGCAUUUGGGAACUGCAAUGGUCUGGCUGUCGUGGACUUUAUGCAGAAGACAGUACUGCUGAGCAUGGGAACCCUUGACCUGUACGGAUCGAGUGAUCCAUACCAGCGGCAACCCCGUUCACCUCGCAAAAGCAGGCAGUUUGCUGCAGACAACUUUUGCAUGCGUGGCCUGUCUAACUUUUAUCCAGAUUUAACGAAACGGAUCCGUACUUCCUAUCAGAGCCUGACUGAACUCAGUGACAGUCCAGUUUCCCUGGAGCUAGAGCGUUGCAAGUCUCCCACUUCAGAUCACGUGAAUGGUCACUGUACGAGUCCAACAUCCCAGAGCUGCGGCUCAGGAAAGCGACUUUCCAGUGCAGACGUUUCAAGAGCAAACCGCCGAGGGCCUGGCAGGCCCCCCUUCAGAAAAGCCCAGUCUGCAGCCUGCAUGGAGAUUUCUCUCCCAGUCACCACAGAAGAAAAUAGGGAAAACUCCUUCAGCCGUUCCCGAAGCUCCAGCGUGUCCAGUAUCGACAGGGACUCAAAGGAGGCAAUUACAGCUUUGUACUUCAUGGAGUCCUUUGCCCGAAAGAACGACACUGCUGUCUCCCCCUGUCUCUGGGUUGGAACGGGCCUCGGUAUGGUUUUAAUCCUCUCCCUUAAUCUGCCUGCUAGCGACGACUUACGGCAGUCAGAGCCAGUCAUGGUGUCACCAAGUGGCACUGUUCUGACACUGAAAGGAGCCGUGCUGACCUUCGCGUGCUUGGACUGCAUGGGGACACUGACACAUCCACCGUAUGAAGUAUGGAGGGAUCCACACAGUGCUGAUGACGGUGAAAAAACAAGGAAAAGGAAACUUGUCAUGCAUUCCCCUUCCUCCUCCCAGGAUAUGGGUGAUCAUCAAUUUGCAGUCAUUUGUUCAGAAAAACAAGCCAAAGUCUUCUCAUUGCCUUCCCAAACAUGUCUUUAUGUCCACAACAUCACCGAAACGUCCUUUUUAUUGCGAGCAGAUGUGGUCACCCUCUGUAACAGCGUCUGUCUGGCGUGCUUUUGUGCCAAUGGGCACAUCAUGACACUGAGUUUGCCCAGUUUUCGCCCACUGCUGGACAUGAACUAUUUGCCUGUAACAGACAUGAGGAUAGCACGGACCUUUUGCUUCACUAAUGAAGGGCAGGCUUUGUAUCUCAGCUCUCCCACAGAGAUCCAGCGCCUGACAUACAGCCAGGAGAUGUGUGACAAUCUACAGGACAUGCUUGGGGAUUUGUUUACUCCUGUGGAAACACCUGAAGCCCAAAACAGAGGUUUUCUCAAAGGACUUUUUGGAGGAAGUGGACAAGCUUUUGACAGAGAGGAGCUUUUUGGCGAGGCUACGGCAGGAAAAGCCUCUCGCAGUCUCGCCCAGCACAUCCCUGGAUCAGGUGGGAUUGAAGGCGUGAGAGGAGCUGCGGGAGGAGUCAUUGGGGACUUGACUCGUGCACGCAUUGCCCUUGAUGAGAGAGGACAGAAACUGGGAGAGCUGGAUGAAAGGACUGCAAGCAUGAUGGCCAGCGCAGAGGCGUUUUCCAAACAUGCACACGAGGUGAUGCUGAAAUACAAGGACAAAAAGUGGUACCAGUUUUAGACUUUCAAAGAAGCUGCUUUUGGCUUUAUUAAGAACACUGUUCAGGGAAGCAACAUUAAUUCCCAAAUCUACCAGUCACUGGCCAAAGACAGCUUUUUUCUCCUAGAAGAUGUUUUCCUGUUACUAUUAUUGGAUUCAUCACAGUGGACGUCAAGGAGAAAUUUUACAGACCGUGAGAUGGAAGCUGGAAUCAUGAGAGUCUUAUUCCAACAGCUGGCUCAUGCAGUGGCCCAUUUUUUUCCAAAAGGAACUCAACCAUCACUGUGGCAUGUAGUUUUUCAGAAGCUGUAGGUAUGAGCUGUGGGGGGUGUGUCUGGUUAAAAAUAUUCUGUACAAACUCGAAUGUUAAUGCACUUAUAAAACUUUGCAUGACUAAUUGCCAUCU